UCACAACUGUGCUAUAAGGACCUUAAUAAUACAUCUGAAGGGACCUCUGGUUGAUGAGCUGCUAGUGUGGGGCCCUCAACAUGGACUUAUAUAAGGCAACUUUUCUCCUUGGAGCUUUCAUCUGCUCUGUCGGUGGCACAGAGAUAGAUGGCUAUACCAAAACAGAAGGCGCGUGGGUUCUCUCUCUGAACAAAAGGCAGUACAUGGUGAACAAUGUAGCUGACUGUGCAGCCAAAUGUGAUGCUGAAAGAUCCUUUACAUGCAAGGCUUUUGCAUAUGUGGAGAAGGAUCAGGAGUGUUGGACAGCAGCAACUAAUUCGAAGACGGAGCUUAUUGUGCGAAAACAGAGCUCAGCUUUAUAUGAAAAAAACAAAUACCUCCUGGAGUGUAUGAAUGGAAUCGGAGCAGAUUACAGAGGAACCAAAGACAGAACAAAAACAGGAAUACUGUGUCAGAGAUGGGACGUAAAAUCCCCACAGAGACCCAAUUACACACCACAGACCCAUCCCCUCCAUGACCUGGACUCGAACUUCUGCAGAAAUCCGGAUUUAGACUCCCAUGGACCCUGGUGUUAUACCACUGACCCAGACAACCGCUGGGACCACUGCAAUGUGCCCAGCUGUACUGAGAACUGUAUGCACUGCAACGGUGAGGACUACAGAGGAAACACCUCCACCACUGAAAAUGGUUUCACAUGCCAGCACUGGGAGUCCCAGAAACCUCACAAUCAUGGCUUCAACCCUUCAGCUCUUCCAGAGAAGUACCUUGAGGAGAACUACUGCAGAAACCCAGAUGGAAGUCCGCAACCAUGGUGUUUCACCACCAGCCCAUCCAAACGAUGGGAUGUUUGCUUCAUACCUCGCUGCCAAUCGGAGCCUCCUACCAUCGUCCCUGAGACAACCUGCAUUACUGGUGAAGGUCAAGCGUACCGAGGAACGAUUGCUGUAACAGAGACUGGUAAAACCUGUCAGAGCUGGUCAGCUCAGACGCCUCAUAGGCACAGCCGGACACCUGAAAACUACCCCUGCAAAGGUUUAGAUAAUAACUACUGUCGUAAUCCGGACAAUGAGAGGAGACCGUGGUGUUAUACUACCGAGUCUGAAACUCGCUGGGAGCACUGCACUGUGCCACGUUGUGAAGACGCUGCAGAUCCAGAUGAAGGUGUGGUUCCCCCUGAAGGAGAUGACUGCUAUGAGGGGGACGGCAGCAGUUAUCGGGGAAUAACAUCAGAAACCAUCAGUGGGAAAAAAUGCCAGAGGUGGAGUGCACAGACCCCUCAAAAACAUAACAAAAAUCCAGAGAGCUUCCCCUUAGCGGACCUCAGGAGGAAUCUGUGCAGGAAUCCUGACGGAGACCGAGCACCAUGGUGUUACACCACCGACCCCAAGGUCCGCUGGGAAUAUUGUAACCUUGAAAAAUGCUCUGCCAAGCCCACAGGAAAACCAAUGUCAACUGCCGAUAGUGUCCAGGCCGCCCAGACUCCAACAGACAGAGAUUGCAAGGUUGAAAAUGGAGAAACAUACAGAGGCCCGACUUCCAUGACAGUAAUGGGUGUUACUUGCCAGGCUUGGAGUGCUCAGAGCCCACACCAACACGACAGUUUCACACCAACUAGUCACCCAGACAAGGGUCUGGAUGGAAAUAGCUGCAGAAACCCAGACAACGAUGUGUACGGGCCAUGGUGCUACACCACCGACAGGAACAAGAAGUGGGACUACUGCCAGAUCCCUGAUUGUGCUGGACUGGAUUGUGGGACACCGGUUAUCAAACCAAUGCGCUGUUUUGGUCGUAUUGUUGGCGGCUGUGUGUCCAAACCUCACUCCUGGCCCUGGCAAAUCAGUCUCCGGACCAGUUCAGGAAUCCAUUUCUGUGGUGGGACUCUGAUUCACCCUCAGUGGGUUCUCACUGCUGCACACUGUCUGGAAAGGUCCAACCGGCCCUCAGCCUACCAGGUAAUCCUGGGUAUCCAUAAGGAAACAGCUACAGAGGCAUCCAAACAAGUAAGACCGCUGAAUAAACUGGUGCUGGGACCUAAUGGAGCUGACAUUGCUCUGCUCAAACUACAGAGCCCAGCUAUUAUAAAUGACAAAGUGCUUCCUGUUUGUCUACCAGAAAAGGACUACAUUGUUCCCAGUGGAACAGAGUGUUAUGUCACUGGUUGGGGUGAGACUCAAGGUACUCCAGGUGCAGGUUUGCUGAAAGAAGCUGGAUUCCCUGUAAUCGAGAAUAAGAAAUGCAAUCGGCCAUCUUACCUGAACGGAAGAGUUAAAGACCACGAGAUGUGUGCAGGAAAUAUUGAUGGAGGAGUCGACAGCUGCCAGGGUGACAGUGGAGGUCCUCUGGUCUGUUAUGCACAGAAUAAGUACAUCCUGCAGGGUGUGACAUCUUGGGGUUUGGGGUGUGCCAACGCUAUGAAACCUGGAGUCUAUGCUCGAGUCUCAAAGUUUGUGGACUGGAUUGACAGAACAAUAAAAGCUAAUUGAAAUAUUCCACCAUCAAAUAUGACUGGUGGUCAAACUCAGCAGCACACCUUCCUGGUUGUGGGUUUAUAUAAAUCUGUAUUUAGUAAUGGCUUCAUAUGACAUCACAAUUAGAGAACAUUUGAUACUCAUACUUGGUAGAAAGCAAUCAAUAAAAAGUCUACCAUAUGCUUUUUUGGUUGAUUGAAUGAAAUAACAAAAUUAGAAUAUUUUUGGUUCUGAACAUCCCUUCAUUUUUAUUUUCAUGUUGAUUCUUUAUUCUCAUAAGGAUAGGAGCAUUUUAAAAGGGAUAAUACAAUCUAAAGCCUAAAAUCACAUGUAUGUCACUGACGUUUAUCAAUUUUGGCUCCCCAUUUUGUUGGUUGGUCCAUAUGCUUUAAGGAGAAUAAAAACAACUCGAGCUGUGUAAA